AUGGCAGGAUCGCAACGCGAGAGGGCUGCCUCGAAGCGCCGUCCCCCGGUGGUCUGGGAUCAUCGAAAGGACAAGUUCAUGCUUCUUGCUCUUUUCUCCCAGCUGAACAUUAAGACCGCAGACUUUGAUCAGCUUGCGGACGUGCUGGGAAGUGAGGUCUACUCCGCGAGCGCUUUGAGAAGACGAUUCAAGGAAUUACGAGAGGCUGCUACGGAGGUCUUCGAUGAUCGACAGGACCGCAAUGCUGAUGUUUCCAUCGUGGAAAACCAUCGUGACCACGACGAUGACAUUCUUGAAUUUUUCAGGGAUAGACCGGCCGUCCAGAGAGUUGCACCAAACCUUCCGACAUCUCCUCAACCUAGAAUACGAUCGAGUCCCGUGUCAGAGCUUUCAGCGAGCUCCAAGGAGCCUGCACCUCCCCGAGGACUAGAGCUUUUUGCUCAGCCAACUCCUCCAAGCUCCGCUUCUUCUACGCGUACCCGCCCUGAAAUCAUAUCCUAUGCGCGUCCGGAAUCUUCUCGAUCUACUCUUGCUACCACUUCCGCUAGCAAGAACAAAUCACCCGCCAAGAGCUCUAAUCUCAAGUCGAACACCCAACACAGCCCUAAUUCUUCCGGAAAGAAACGCAAGCGUGCUGAAGAUGACCUACCCAAGAUCUCAACUUCCAACAACAAUGGACAAGAUGGUAAUAACCAGCGCAAUGCUCAUACCUGCGAUGACAGAAAGGUAUUCUGCUCGUACUGGAUACGCAAUGGUGAAUGUGACUUCAUGCAGCAGGGAUGCAUCUACAAGCACGAGAUGCCUCAUGACCUUGCCACUCUGGAGAGACUCGGCUUUAAUGACAUUCCCCGCUGGUAUCGUAAGAAAUACCGCAUUUCCAGUCUCAAGAAGAAGUCCGCCGAGUCGCCACAGGCAAAAGUUAAAGUCAAUGAGCCACCGCGUAUUAAACCCUCAAUGGGUUCAGGUACUGAUGCAUCUUUUGGACAAGACGAUGACGAGUGGGACUGGGACUACAGAGCUUUGCCAAAGAGCCCAGGUUCAUCAGUGGUUUAUUUAGGCAAUCCUUCCGGCGCCAGUUCUCCGUUGGCUUCAAUGCUUGAGCGAGAUGCGAGACCAACCCAAGAUCCGGAAGCAUCUCGUUCAAGACCUGCGGAGCCCUGGAGACUCUCCACUAUCCAGAUUUCUCAGUCGAGUAGCGGAGCCAAGCCAGUCAGCUCCUCAGAGCCCUCGAAGAAGUGGCCCAGUGGGAUUCCACCAGCAGCCCCUAAGCGACUCUGGCUUUCCGAUAUGCCCAGAGUAACGCGCUGA